GUUGUUUAUCAGAGUAAAUAAUAAAAUUUAUUGCAUUUAAAAUACAAAAUUUUAAUUAUCAAAACGUAGUUUUAGUCAAAUGAAUUUUUUAUUGUUAUUAUAUUUUUUCUACAUACACACAAAAAUAACUUUUUCAAAAUUGAUAAAAGCCAAACAAUUGACGUGCGGUAAAGACAACGAUGGCUCAGAUAUAUUUUUUACUGUUGCUGGACCUGUCUCGUGCGCUGUUUGUUUGUGUAAUGGUGAUUUGGAAGAAGGUGUUUCAUAUAAAAACUGUGAAAAAUGUUGUUGUGGAUAUGUCAGCAAGACAAAAUUAAAUGAAUACGAACACUUUCAAAAUAAAAAAGAUGAACGAAAAUUAUUAACGACACAAAAGGUCUUAUACAGUUUAAUAUUCUUUACCUGUCUACUGAUAAUAUUAUUGGCGUUAGGCAUUCUAUACCACAAGAAAUGUUUUUGUUGUUUCCGCCUCCCUCAUCAACCAACUGAAAAUAACGAAGUUAAAUAUGAAAUUAAAAUAACUACCAAUGAUGAAACAAUUCAAUUUACAGAAAAAGAUAAACUGGUGUCAAAUUAAAAGUUGUUUUUAUUUAGCUUUGUAAAUAUGUAUUAAUAUAUGUGUAUACAUUUUUAUGUUUUAAUAUUGAUGUAUUAAAAAUAUUGAUAACUUUUAAAACGAUACUUUUAAUUUUGUAACUUUUGCAAAUAACAGCCAAAGAACGGAAACAGCAACUUUUUGA